UUGGGUGCGGCUGAGUUCACACCCGAGUCCCCGCGCCAGCUGCAGUGGUUCUGACAUCUUGGCGCGCGGCAUGCCGUGGUCUGAGAGCUGGGGUAGUUCGACGAUAAUCCGCGAGGCUCCUCAAGUUCUGCCCGGCAAAUCUUGGUUUCAACCCAUCCCAGCACUUUCUUUCCUACGGCUUCGGCGGACGCAAACACUCUCGACGACAUGAGCGAGCUGAAUACGGCAGCGGCCUGGGGAGCCAGCGCCGGUCUUAUGGGCCUCACGCUAAUCCCGCUCGUCACCUUCUUGACGUUUAGUCUGCGCCGGCCGCUGGGGCAGCAGACGCAAGCCGCCAAGAUGGCUCGCAUCUUUCUACAGAUAGCGCUGCCCCUCUGGAUCAUUGCCGUCGCCCUUGCUGUGGUGGCGUCCUCGAUCCAUGCCGCCAGCGCCGUGUCCCGGCUGCCUUCCGCUUUCGAUACCAUAACCUACACAUUCCUCGUCGCCGCAUUCUUCGAAUACGUGGCCGGCAUCCUCACUACCCUGGCGGUUUACCUCUGUACUAUCUCAGUCCUAUACAUAGCGUUGAAAAAGGAGAAGUGGUGGAAGGUGGUGCGGUUGGAUGCCCUCUGCGGCGCUGCGAUUCUGUUCAUCCUCGACAUCGCGUGGUUCGCAAGGACCGCGUCUAAUUAUCGGAGCCAUGAAUACGACGACUUCGCUCUGACCUGGCUGGUUGCCAUCGUCGAUCUCGCCCUGAGCUUCGUCGCCGCAGGAGUGUUGGGCGUGGCUAUAUAUGUCACGCCCAAGUUGAAGAAGCGAACCGACUUGGCGUCUGGGAAUCUGUCGGCCCUUUUGUUCUCCGCGUCCUUCCUUUGGCUCUUCCGCUGUGUUUUUGUCGCCGCGGUUGACAUCAAAACGGCCACCGAUGACUGGUCCUAUGAGGAGUCCUCGGCGCUGAAGAUUCUCGUCCCUAUCCUGGACUACUGGGUCGCAGCCACCGGCCUGGGACUGGUUACCUUCAUUCUCCGCCACCCAGUCUGGUCCGAACCAGCGUCUGCUGUGGCGCGGGGUCAUCCGUCAGAACCGCAGCCCCAGCCCCAGCCGCAGGUGGUCUUCAUCGCCCCGCCCGGAUACUACCAGCAUCCGCAGUAUGGGUUCCAGCAAUACCCGCCGCAGAUGCAGAUGCAGAUGUACCCCCAGGGUCACCACUACCCCCACAUGUACCCUCAAGUGUACCCGCCGCAGCCCGCCAUGCAUCAGGCGGCCGACUUGUCGCCAACUCCUGUCCCAGCAACCCGGGUGCACGAGGCCGAUGCAACAGGACGCCAGGCGGCCGAGCCGCAGGGACCUCACACCACCCAGGCCGCGCAGGCCGACAAGUAGCUGCGACCGUGAAUCUGGACUUCAAGGGUGUCGUGCGUUGCAGGUGGACCGGAAGGGGGGCAACCGGGGGUUCAUCGAUUCGAACCUGGAUUCCCAGGAUUUGGGCUUCAUGGCAGCGGUUUGGACGGCAUGUAGACUCGGUUGUUGGGACCGAGACGGAGUUCGUCGAGCGGCAGCUUCGGACGUAUCGCCAAUGUAGGGCAAGGCUUCACCAUUCUUGCCGGCUGAGAAUGGCAACAGCGAGGUAUGUUAGGAAGGGAGUACUAGUAGGUCCUUCAAUAUCAGGACUCGAAUCAUCUCGAGGCAUGUUCUCAGUCACGUAGUCGAGUUAUGAAUGCGGUUUUGCACAGGUGGUAUUGGAUGAAAUCAAGGUCGUCU